GAGAGAGGGGUUGUAGAGGGAAGCAGAACAGGGAGGUCCCGUGGGACGCUGGGGUCUGGGGCAGAGCAGGUAGCAGCGUGCUGCCCUGACAGCUGUCUCUGCUCCUCAGAUUGUCAGUGGCUGCUAUGCAGCAGGUGCAGCCUGGUCUCUCACUGAGUCUUUACUCCACAAAGGCAACGACUGGCCAAGGCAGUGGCUGGCCCUGGAUUACACAAGUGCAGACACUCAACUAAGUGAGCUGGAAGACCCAGGAGAAGACCGAGGCGCAGGUGCCCACAUGAUCAGCACAGCCAGGGUACCUGCCGAUAAGCCAGUACGCAUCGCCUUUAGCCUCAAUGACGCUUCAGAUGAUACACCGCCUGAAGACCCCAUUCCUUUGGCCUUUCCAGAAUUAGACCAGCAGCUCCAGCCUCUGCCGCCUUGUCAAGACUCCGUGGAAUCCAUGCAGGUGUACAAACAGCACUGCCAAAUAGCAGAAGAAUACCAUGAGGUCAAAAAAGAAAUCGCCUUGCUCGAGGAAAGGAAAAAGGAGCUCAUUGCCAAGUUGGAUCAGGCGGAAAAGGAGAAGGUGGAUGCUGCCCAGCUGGUUCGAGAAUUCGAGGCUCUGACGGAGGAGAAUCGGACAUUGAAGCUGGCCCAGUCACAAUGUGUGGAACAACUGGAGAAACUCAGAAUACAGUAUCAGAAGAGGCAGGGCUCAUCCUAACUUUAAAUUAUUCAUUGUGAGCAUAACAGGUUGGCGACUGCUAUGCACUGGCCAAAAGAUUUUUUAUUUUAAAAGGACAGUGAGGCAAAUCUAUUGCUUCUUUCUCUUUAUUACCCACAUGGCAAAUGUCUAGAACGAGUUUAAUGCUUGCCAGCUUCUAGUUUGAGAGAAAGGAUAUUUUACUCAUAUUUUAAGUGAUAUCAUAAUGCAAAGCUAUUGCUAGUAUAUGUUUUUAGAGAUCAGAAUUCUUUCCCAAAGAUAUAUACUUUUUUCUUGUUUAGGUAGUUAUGAUCAUACUGUACACCAAGGGAAGAAAAUAAUAAAAAUAGACUAUUGACUGGCCCUGCUAGGAAUCAUGAGCUGAGCAGAGUUAAGCCCUGAAACAAAUGAGUAAGAUGCUCACUGUAGUUCCACAUCUGUGUAUUUUUAAAUUUCAUGCCUUUAAUAUUUCAAAUGUGCUCAAAUCUAAACCUCCAGAAACUUCUCUGCAUAUAUUUAUGUUCACCAGUCAGAUUUAAUCCCUCAGUGAUUGAUUGUACUAAGAAUAAAUGGCUGCAUAUCAUAAAAGCUUCCUCAUGAAAAUAUUAGCAGAAAUCAUAUUUAUGCCAAAAGCACAUUUGCCAGUGCUAACUUGCUGUUGUAAUUAAAAACAGAUAAGGCUGCAUUUUCUUUACGCCGUGUUAUCUCACCGUAAACAUCUCUGCCUUUGCUUGUGUGUGUUCUGGGAGCAUGUGGUUAAUAGAAAAGUGUCUUUCAGAUGUUACUUUGGAGAGUCCCAUUAAAACAUCAGGGAAAUUAUAACUAGUACUUUGUUUUGGAUUUAAGGAGAUGUUUUAGAUCGGUAAUAAUUAAUAGGAAGAUGUGCGUAAAUUAAGAAUUAAAAUAAUUUUUCCCUUGUUCUACCCAUCACCAUGUUUUCCCAAAUUGAUCUCUUUGUUAUAUAUCCAUUUCUA